AAAGGUUUAAGUAGACUUAGGAGAGUUAAAUAAGGUGUUGUUUUCGAUAAUUUUGGUUGAUAGUCCUAUCAUGGCGUUUUCUUUGAGUGAGAAUCCCAGACUUCUUAACUGCCUGGAUUCUGAUAUUCCAGCCCUGUCUACAUGCAGCAAUGCAGACACGUUCUCCAGGAUGAACACCAUGCUGGGAAACUCGCUGGAUCUGAGCGGGGUUUGCACAACACCCACUGCCAAAUGCAAGCGAGACCCUUUUAAUGGUCGCCCCGACUCUGACUUGUCUGCGGUCCGGAGCAGGAUGCUCUUUCCCAGCGGUGGCCAGGACUCAUCCAGGGGUCUGCCUGACAUCAAUAACUGGGGUCUGGGCCUACAGUCCCUCAGCCUGUCUGACUGGGAGAGACCGUGGAGCAGCCAUGACACGGAUCCCUCUGCACAGACCAACACAGCCUCACUGCAAGGGAUUUUGGGGACUCCCAGCCAUCUCUCCAACAAGCCCCCGAGAUACUCUGAGCCUUCCAUUGGUGCCACAGACUUCCUAGAAAAAUUUCCCAGCAUGGCACGCUUGAACUCUCAAUCUUUCCUGGACUCUCACUCCAUUAGCCCUGUGGACUCGGAGACCAGCGGCUUCAGCUCUGGUUCUGAUCACCUCUCAGACCUGCUGUCUUCUUUGAGGAUCUCGCCAUCUGUGCCCUUCCUUAUGUCUAGUAUGCAAAGGGAUCCUCUCAAGCUAGCUCUGGGUUCUCGGAUGGACCUCUGCAGCUCCCCUCUUACCCCGCCACCCAGUGCCACCCCAAGCGGUGGUCUGUCCCACCGCUGGCCUGGUGCCUCCAUCUGGCCCAACUGGGACCUAAUGAAGACCCCUGAGAGCCCCUUCAGCAUUGAAAGAGAGGCCUGGCUUCACAGACAGGCAGCCUCCAUUAAUGAAGCUACCUUCACAUGGAGUGGGCAGCUGCCCCCCAGACACUACCAAAAUCCCAUUUAUUCCUGCAAGGUGUUUUUAGGAGGAGUUCCCUGGGACAUCACUGAAGCUGGUUUGAUAAACACUUUUAAAUGCUAUGGCCCUCUCAGUGUGGAGUGGCCAGGUAAGGAUGGCAAGCACCCUCGCUGCCCUCCGAAAGGUAAUAUGCCCAAAGGUUAUGUGUACUUGGUGUUUGAAUCGGACAAGUCUGUGCGUGCCCUGCUGCAGGACUGCACUGAGGACCUGCUCCAUCCUGAGGGCUACAGCGAGUAUUACUUCAAAAUGUCCAGCAGAAGGAUGCGCUGCAAAGAAAAUAAUUCUUUACCUUGGGUGGUUUCAGACAGUAACUAUGUGAGUUGCCCCUCUCAAAGGCUGGACCCUAGGAACACUGUGUUUGUAGGAGCCCUGCAUGGCAUGCUCAACGCUGAGGCCUUGGCCAGCAUCAUGAAUGAUCUGUUCGGAGGUGUUGUGUAUGCGGGCAUCGACACAGACAAGCACAAGUACCCCAUUGGAUCUGGACGUGUAACCUUUAACAACCAGCGCAGUUAUCUGAAAGCUGUGAGUGCUGCAUUUGUUGAGAUAAAGACGCCCAAAUUUACAAAGAAGGUUCAGAUUGACCCAUACCUGGAGGAUGCCAUCUGUCAAUCAUGCAGUCGUGAGCCUGGGCCAUUCUUUUGCAGGGACAAGACCUGCUUCAAAUACUUCUGUCGCUCCUGCUGGCAUAGGCAGCACUCCAUGGACAUCCUCAGUAACCACCGCCCUCUGAUGCGCAACCAGAAGAAGCGGGACGCCAACUGAAACCACGCAUGGCAGCACGAUGCCUCAGCCUGGAUGUCCAUUGCGCCUGCUCCCCUUGGGGAACCGCUCAAGAGUUGGCCCCCCUUCAAAAGUCCCUCCCAGGAGUUGGGGCAUGGGGAAACACUGUAGAAAGUUCACUGUUGCACUUUCUUUUUAGUUUGGCUUGUUCACUUUGGCACGGUACACAGUGAGAUGGGUUAGCUGGGGCCCAUGGAUGGGAAGACCCAGAGUUUUGAACUAAGUUGAGAUUCAGGCCAUGGGUUGAAGGUGUGUUUUUGUUUUUGUUUUUUUUUAAAUAUAGGUUGCUAUUUUGUUUUGGUAAAUCAUUCUAAAGUCUCAUUGUUUAACAGAAGGAAGCCAUACAGUGCCUUUAAUUGGUUUUCC